AUGAACAUUAUUACAUCUGCACCAGAUUAUAAUGAUCUUGAGCGAUUCUGGAAAUUAGAAUCCAUCGGCAUUUUACCCGCAACAGAAGAAAAAGCUUCUGACUACUUGCAUGAUUAUCAGAAAAACUGCAUUACCUUUGAAAAUGACAAGUAUACUGCUUCGUUGCCAUGGAAACCUGAUCACCCUAAUUUACCCGACAACUAUAACAUCACAUUAAGAAGAACUCACAACACCAUACGACGACUACGUGAAGACCCCCCUUUACUACAAAAGUACGACGGCAUAAUUAAAGACCAGGAAAAGAGAGGAUUUAUAGAGAAAGUGAAUGUUUUACCAAGUGAGCGUCCCGUGCACUAUAUCCCACAUCACGGAGUAAAGAAACAUUCGGCCACCACCCCUAUCCGUAUUGUGUUUGACUGUAGUUGUCGUCAAAACAAAAAUUCACCCAGUCUUAAUGAUUGCCUAGAAUCAACCCCUCCUGAGAUCAACGAAUUGACAAGUAUCUUAGUGAACUUUAGAAAGCACAGAUAUGCCGUCUGCACAGAUAUUGAGAAGGCUUUUCUUCAAAUACAACUCAACGAGUAUGAUCGUGACGUCACACGAUUUCUAUGGUUGAACGACAUUUAUGAUCCAAAUAGUGACCUUAUAACAUACAGAUUCAAGUCCGUGUUUUUUGGUGCCACAUGUUCACCAUUUAUACUUCAUGCCACUUUAACCAAGCAUCUGAGUGUCAAUGAUCAUAAUUGGGUGAGUGCAAUACUUAAGAAAGACUUAUAUGUUGAUAACGUGAUGUCCAGUUUUUCUGACGAGAGUACUUUACUGGACUACUUCCAGAACACACGCAAAUCGAUGACAUCUGCUGGUUUUAUCUUACGGUCCUGGAGCUCUAAAAACAGUUCCCUGCGCAGCCUAGCGGAAGCGGAAGAAGUAGCCGAAACUGAAGAAAUAACUAACAUCCUUGGAAUGAAAUGGGACCCGAUAUCAGACCAGAUUUGUUUAGCACAGAAGACCAUUUCUACUUCCCAAUUUAUAACAAAACGUGUCAUACUCAAGGAAACAGCGAAGAUUUAUGACCCCCUUGGCUUCCUGACCCCACUCACAAUUCGUGCAAAAAUCCUACUUCAAGAUAUUUGGAAGCAAAAGUUCGAGUGGGACAUGUCCCUACCAAAUGACCUACAGACCCAAUGGUAUAACUUUGCUAAAGACUUAAACAGUGUUAUCCCUACCAGAUACCCGAGAAGUUACUUCAAGGAAACUGACUCUUUGGCAUUUACUUCCGGUAUAGGCGACAGUGCUGCCAGCGCAUCCUCAGAUAUUCAUCUUCAUGUGUUUUGUGACGCCAGCCUUAAGGCCUAUGGAUCAGUAAUAUACAUUACACGAGGUGACCAGUCUGCACGUGUUAUAUCAAGGACACGUGUCGCACCUUUGAAGCUUCUAACAUUACCAAGGCUUGAACUUAUGGCUGCAGUGAUUGGUUCUAGACUUCUGCAGCACGUACUAUAG